AGGGAGGAAUUAAAUUUUUUCAAUAUUUACUAAAUAAUUGGUGUGGAUACACGAUACUUUGUUGGUCACAAGUUGGGAGAAUAAAUGCAGCAAAAGUUUUGAACAUUGAUGUGUCGUCUAUCCCGACUACCAAUAAUUGUAUUGAAUCACUUGAUAAUCAUCUCAAUAAAGAAUCUUUACGUCAACUUCAAAGGCGAGGUACACAAUUACGAGUUGAUGUAUUGGUCAUGUACUUGGUUGAAUGCGUUACACCUAAUUUUAUGAAAAGACGUAAAUUCCAAAAAUCAUUGGAAGAGAACCUAAAAAUACAACAUCAGAAUUAUAUAGAUCAACGUUACGUGGAACUUUUAAAAGCAAAUUAUAAAUAUUCUGUAUAUACGGAGCCUGAUAAAGAACGAGACGAUGAGGCAAAAAAAAUCGCAUCAUCAUUUUGGGGAAUUGUGAAAUACGAAUACACGGAUAAACUUAAUGUAUGGAUAAAAUCGGCUAAAAAAAGCGAUAUCACUUAUGUGGCAUGUAUAUAUCCAAUUGCAGAGGUAUCAUGCCAAUGUAUUGAUUUCCUUUCUAAAGGAUGCGCAUGCAAACAUAUUCGCGCAUCGAUAUUAUAUAUGAAUAGUGUUCAGAUGGAAAAUAUUCCUUUGGUCACAUUACCAUCACGCGAAGUAGCAGAAUUGGCAUUGGACAUUGAUGCUGAUGGCGAUAUUUGGAUGAUUUCCGAUGAGACAGAAGAUGAUAGCAGUGAAGAGAUUAUGGAGGCCUCAUUGAAAAAUGAUGAUAAAUUAAAAGCUACCCAAAAUAUUCCUACCAUAUUACCUAAUUUGAAAGAAACAUCGACAAAUGUGACAUCUUCAAAUCCCAAACAAGAUAUGCAGAAUACAUGUCGUUCAAUAUUAAAUUCACUUCAGUCAAUUUCAGAAACUUCAAAAUCUUUAGAUAAUGUCGUUUUAAAUUCAAAAAAUUCAAAUAAUGUUAAAAAAGGGCGAAAUCACUUUGAACAUGGCAAAAGAAAAAAAACAAAAUUACCUUCAAACCUUUUUGUGCAUUUAGAACA